AUGUCUGCGUGGACCCAUUUGAUCCGUUUCAUUGCUGUCGAGGAUAGCUUGGUACACCUCGGCCAGCUAGUAGACCCCUCUCGCGAUGUCGGGCACGAUACCAUUGAUGGUUUGGACAUCACCGCAUUCGUAAUUGAAGGGUCGAUUUUCAAUGGACGGGUCACCAGAGAGGUCAUGCACGUUAAGCAGCUACUUUCUCCUAUUUCUCGGGAAGAUUGCAACUAUAUCCGAUGUCUUGGGUUGAAUUACGUGGAUCAUGCCAAGGAAGCAAACAUGACCCUACCGAAAGCUCCCAUUCUUUUCACCAAACCGCGGACAUCUCUUGUCGGCCCCUUUCCGGCAGCCAUCAAUAUUCCCAAGUGUGCACAAGAUGGCACGAGCGACUACGAGGCCGAGCUGUGUGUUGUGCUGGGCAAGUCCGGUCGUGAUAUUCCCGAGGAAGACGCGUUGGAUUAUGUGCUAGGAUAUACGGCGUGUAACGAUGUUUCUGCCAGGACACUGCAAAUGACCACGACUCAGUGGUCAUUCUCCAAGGGACUCGAUGGAAGUUGCCCAAUUGGACCUGUUCUAGUUGCUCCCUCUGUCAUCAAAGAUCCACAGGCCUUAUAUAUCCAGGCGAUUCACAAUAAGACAACUGUUCAAGAUGGCCACACCAAGGAUAUGAUAUUUUCAAUCAAGAAGCAGAUCUCAUAUCUCUCCCAAGGAACUACUCUGGAAGCAGGUACAAUUUUCCUGACUGGGACACCCGCUGGUAUUGGGUACUUCCGCAAUCCCAGGGUUGUUUUGAAGGAUGGAGAUGAGAUUUCAGUCAGAAUCGAAAAGAUUGGGACACUAGUCAACAAAGUGCGAUAUGAAGGCCGGUAG